AUGCUAGUGUUUCCAAGCCGAGUUUCCUGCCUGGAAACGGCGCUGCAGCGCAUGGCGCCCACGGGGCCGCAUGGCGCUCACGGGGCCGUGCGUUCCCACGGGGCCGCAUGGCGCCCACGGAGCCGCAUGGCGCCCACGGGGCCGUGCGUUCCCACGGGGCCGCAUGGCGCUCACGGGGCCGCAUGGCGCCCACGGGGCCGUGCGUUCCCACGGGGCCGCAUGGCGCUCACGGGGCCGCAUGGUGCUCACGGGGCCGUGCGUGCCCACGGGGCCGCAUGGCGCCCACGGGGCCGCAUGGCGCUCACGGGGCCGUGCGUUCCCACGGGGCCACAUGGCGCCCACGGAGCCGCAUGGCGCCCACGGGGCCGUGCGUUCCCACGGGGCCGCAUGGCGCUCACGGGGCCGCAUGGCGCUCACGGGGCCGUGCGUGCCCACGGGGCCGCAUGGCGCCCACGGGGCAGUGCGUUCCCACGGGGCCGCAUGGCGCUCACGGGGCCGCAUGGCGCUCACGGGGCCGUGCGUGCCCACGGGGCCGCAUGGCGCCCACGGAGCCGCAUGGCGCCCACGGGGCAGUGUGUUCCCACGGGGCCGCAUGGCGCUCACGGGGCCGCAUGGCGCUCACGGGGCCGCAUGCUGCUUACGGGGCCGUGCGCGCUGCUGCUUACGGGAACUCGGCACAGUCCAACAGUUCUGGCGUCGGAUUCGUGGCUGUCAGAACAAACGACCCGACGCUGCCGGUUUCCAAACAGUACAUUGCACUAA